AUGGACAACACUCCACCUGAGGGAACGUGGUUCUCUCAAAGCAGAAACCCAGAUUCUAAUCUCGACGCGUUUGACAUCUGGACCGAAAAAGAUGAAAUACAUUCGGAUGUGCAUAAACGCACUUUUGCUUCAGACAAGUAUCUUCGUGGCAGUGUCUUGGGCCAAGGAGGAUGGUCUACAGUCUACAAGAUCCAGAGAGUUGGAGAUGGACAGAUUCUGGCUGGUAAGGCGUCUAUGUCGGUUAAUCAGCUCUAUAAAGAGACACGGAUGCUUCGUAAACUAGUUCAUAAGCACAUCUUGGAGUUUAUUGAGCUUUACAAAGAGGCUGGCAAAGAGGAGGCUACUCUUUUGAUCACCGAGCUCUGCACUGAAGGAACGCUUCAUAUGCGUAUCAACCAUGCUCCUGGCGGCAUGAGCCGAGGGGAAAUCCUUCUAGCCACAAGCCAAAUAUCAGACGCGCUAGCCUACCUUCACGGACGAAAUUAUUUCCACUCAGACAUAAAGCCAAGGAACAUCCUUGUUCGUCGUCUCGACCCCAUCAGCGUAGCGUUGGCGGAUUGCGCAGACUGUAAGCUCCUUGAUUCGUAUCGUGGCCCUCCUGGUGGAACGCCCAACUACUGGUCUCCAGAAAUGACGGCCAACAAUCGCCACGCGGGCAAGAGUGACGACAUCUGGGCUCUGGGCAUUAGCCUAUUGGGGAUGAUCGGACAGUGGCCGCAAUGUGAGAAGACAAAGGCCGGGUUGGCGAGAUACCCUCGACAAUGCGCCAACCACGCGCAAGAGCUUCAAAAGCUGAACCCUGGAAAUGGACUGGUCAGCCUUGUAGGGAGGCUGCUCACUUGGAGAGCCAGAGAGCGCAUCACGGCGGAGAAAUGCUGCGAAGCGACGAUUAAGCUUCUGGAAGAGACGAAGGGAGAGGAGGAGAGCGUUGGCACGGAGGGGCUACGAAUCAAAUCUCCUGAAGGGUUUCGACCGAUUUCGUUUUGGUAA